AUGGAGUAUUAUCUCAUGAUUGAAAUUGGCAUGUGGUUCCCAAUCAUAGAAGGUUUCAUGGCACUAAUGAAGGAUGGGAAGAUUCUUGAAUCGUCAACAUGGACGGGUGAACAAAAAUUGAAGGCUCAAGCUUGUGCCAAGGCAAUCAUGACUCUUCAAUAUGGUUUGAGUUCGGAGCAACUUAAUAAGAUUAGACUGUUCAAGAGUGCUAAAGAUUUAUGGGACAAGCUCAUUGAGCUUAAUGAAGGUACAAAGGAUUUAAGAAUUGCUAAGAGAGAUCUUUUCAUAAACCAACUACAGAAUUUCACAAUGAAGGAUGGAGAAAUGAUUGCAGAGGAUGAACUUGGCCAGACAGGGGAUGCUGGAUUUGAUCUCUGCUAUAAUUCUGCAAGUGACCAGGCCUCCACUGGCUAG